AUGUCCGUUGAGGCUGUUAAAAGGCAAAUUCUUAAUGCAAUCAGCGUAUUAAACAUUCCAUUGACCCGAUUGCCGAGUGAGCAAAGGGUGGUUGAGGCAUGCUCCGCCGCAAAACUUCUUCGAAAUCGUGUUUUGAGAGAGCAUACACGUGUAGAAGAAAAUAUCGAGGCUAUUCGACAGAAAAGGCUUUAUGAUAACAGCGAUAGUGAUGAUGAAAAUGAGGAGUUCUCCGAAUUUGAGAAUACGGGAUUUACUUCUGAUCUUCAAAAACUUGCCCGACAAGAUUUUAUCUUUAUAAGUGAAAUGAUGGUGAUGGAAAACGUUGUGAUUCCGCUCCUUUUGGCUCAUGGGAUGAAUUUUAGUUCGACACUUUUACCGCAGCUGCUUAAAUUGCUAACAGCGAUGUUGUUGCCAGUUCCCUUCUAUUCAAUGGAGAGACCACGUCAGAUGGAUUUUGUUUGCCGUCUUAUGGAACGAUGCGGAACUGAUGAAUUUUUUACGCUUUUGAUUCAGUCGGUAGCCCCAGUAGCCGAAAAACGCUCACAAGGUGUCAUACAAAAGGAAGAUGUGGUCUUGCUGGAGGUUGUUUUGAAAAUGGUUACACUUUUCUUUACUGGACGAAAAGAGGCCAUGUCAAAUGUUAUUGGUGCUUUUGCUCGAAAUCAUGGUAUUGAACUUUUUUUGGUCAUUAUUAAUCAAAACUAUGCUCGGAUCGAAUCAAAAAGGAAUUCAAGCAAUGUGGAAGCUUUGGGAGAAGAGGUACACGCAAAUUCUGAGAAAAAGAAAUGCGAUGAUUCUGUUAUUGUUUUUUUGGAUGAUCAAAAUGAAGAGGAACCAGGAAUUGUGGUGCUCGAUGAAAAUGUUGCGUUAGAAAGGCACGACAAAACAGCCGAAUUUGGAAAAGAACUGGAUGAUGAUGAUGAUUUUGUUGUUCAGCAGGUGGUGGUGGAGGAAGUUGAAGAAGGAGAAACAGAGGGUGAAAGCUUGGACAGUAGUGACUCUUCCACAGAGGAAUCUGAGUCUGUUAGUAAUCAAUAUAAUGCUCGUAUUAUAGAACUCUUGGAAUGUGAUGAGCAACUUUGGAAAUGGAAUAUGCACAUAGUUACCGCCAUGGCAGCCAUUCUGCGUUCUACCAGCCCAGUGGAACUGGCACAACUUGUAUUUGUGUCAAAGUUUCAGCAACACUCUUCACACCAAACUAUGGGAAUGUUUGAAAGUGGAAAAGGACUUCGGGAGUGUAAAAAAGAAUUGGAUCGAUGGAGACAAGUAGCAAGGAGUUGUAACGGUGCUAUCAGUUCAAAUGGUUUACUUGUACGAGGCAAAUCUUCACGUUUACAAGGAGAAAUUGGGGUAAUUGGUUGUACCUCAACGCUUCUUGGUUUAAGAAGUAAGGAUCCAUUGGAAAAGGUCCAAGAUAUAGAUCUAAGAAAGAGGGGCCGUUUUAUUAAAGGGAUGUAUGACGAUUCUAACACAGCAUGGAUUCUCCCACUACCAAUCAAAAUACAACUUGCUCAACAGUGUCUUUCUUUUAUUUGUCUUGGUUUUGAGCCCCUGAAUAUGAUGGUGUGGAAUCGACUAGCUCAUACCAUUACGAGUUUUGAAAGCAUUGUCAGGGAACGCAAUGAGUUGAUAUCAGGACACAAAAGCUCAGGCGAAGAUAUAGAAAUCACUACCCAUAUUGACAAAGCAGUUUUGGAAUCAGCACAAAACGUUUUAGAUUACCUAAGCAUAUGUGCAUCACUACUUCGUUAUACACGAGAGGUGAUCCGUCUAAAUCGAGAAGAAAAUGAAGCUCCAUCUGAUGAUUUUCGUCGACAAUGGCAAAGUAUAUCCAGUAUUAUUUCCCUUGAUCAUAUUUGUCAUGGCUUUGAAUUGCUUCGCGUAUUUUCAAGCUCUCCGGAUUUUAGACGACGAUUUGAUGUGGUAAUUGUGGUAAAUUAUCUAGCUGAACUCUUCAUGACCCUGAACCAUUUGAUUGAUGGCGAUAUUGUAAAAGAUACAGCUGUUGUAGUUGCCGCACAUGCUUUAGCUUCCUCCGUACUUUACAAUGAAAAAAACAUUACGCUAAUCUUUGAGUCUAUUUCGAGGUUCUCGGCCAGGGUUUUGCCACCAAAUAAAGCUGGAAUGAUUGUAUUAUUGGUAUACUCUGUUCUGACUCUCAUGGAAAGAUGCAGUUUUGGGGGACGUGUAUUGUUCCCCAAAUGUAAGAAGAAGAAGAAUGAAGAAACUGUAAUGUAUGAAACAGAGGACAGAGGUACAGCAGAACUUUUAGAAUCGAAUAAAAGAAUCCGCAUAGAUGGUUUGGAUACCUUAGAGGAGUCAAAUAACGGAUCUGGAAAUGAAGGAGAUGCCAUUACCAGAGUGAAAGGGAAUGAAAUUGCAAUACAAUCAACACCAGUUCCAAUUUCUCUGGAAGAUGUACAUCUUUAUCAAGGGGAAAUAGUCUCACCUGACGGAGAGGGACGGGAAAAUUCUUCGGAAAACGCAUCAUUUACCUCAAGUAGUCAUGCCAAUGUAUCUAAUUUGACUUCAGAGAGGGAGGUCAGUAUAGGAGAUUAUUUUAAACGACUCGGCACUGUGAAAAACAUGAGGCUUAUACUUACUUCACUUCGUCAUUGGAGAACAAACGAUGUGGAUCUAAACAAUGGUCUAGUAUAUUUGAUUCGCGCUUUUGUCCUUGAAGGGAUGGGUACUAUUUUCUUUAACGCUCCAUUUCUUUUUGUGAUGAGGGACAUUUUGUCACAUGGUCAGGAUUUUCAUAAUGCAUUACACAAUGUGUGCGAUCAAGUUGUUUAUGAUUUUUUUAAUCCGUCUUUUGCAAAACUCCUUGAUGAGAAAAGAAAGAAUCGGUCCGACAUGUCGCUUCCUUUUUUCGGAGGAGCACAGUCUUUUCUUGGAUUUGAGGUCGCUCUGCGGUGCGUGCGCUCCCUUUUUAGUUUAAAUUCCACGGAUUACAGUAUUCUGGAGGAAAAGGGUCUUCCCCAUUUAACUGACUUCACAGUCAUUCCAUUGAAGGAUGAAACUCAAAGCGACAAGGACGUGGUGCACGAGGAGUUCUCUUCUGCUCAGGUCUCACCUGUAAGGAAAAGCCGCCGAAAGAAUAAGGUGUCUUUACCAGAAAAUAGAAACGGUAUAGAAGAAAAUGAGAAGGUGUUUUCAGUUGACGUACCCAUAGAAAUUCCGAUAGAAUCACACUUUGAUGAAAAGACCACCGAGGAGUUCCAAGUUUAA